CUUUCCUACGAGAAAGAUCAAAAUUCUUUUUUUUUUUUUUCCUUUUUCUUGAAGAUCAAAUCUAAGAAAUGGGUAACGCGAUUAGGUUACUCCGGAAAUGUCUGAAUCCCACGACGGACAAUAAGCCUCAUGGCGGCUCCGCCUCUGUUUCAGCUCUUUCCCGUGAUCUCUUCAACUUUGAAACCACUUCUCAGGUUCCGGAAAAGCUUGGGAAUUACGUUGUGUCUUCUUCAAAGGCACAAGCAAACUGGUAUAGAAAAAUACUUGAGGCAUGGAAGCAAGCUAAGCCUCGGCCUAAAACUGCUGAGGAAGCCUCUAGGCUUGUUAUCGCUACUCUAAAGAACCAUCAAAAAGCAGAUGUUGAGGGAUUUUUGUCUUUCUAUGGGCUGCCUUCGCCUCACAAUCUUGUUGAGGUCCCUACUCAUGAAUCUCCUGUGACUUUACCUAAAGGAGUUCGGUUUGAGCUCAAUACGCUUCCGGUGGAUACGAAAUCUGUGUCAGAUGGAGAUACCGUUACUGUGUAUGUGAGUAGCAAAGACCCGCUUGUGUCAUCCUCUGUUCCUAAGGAAGUGAGUAUUGCAGCGGUUAAAAGAGCCAAAGCGCGUGAGAAGAGGAAUUAUACUGAAGCAGAUGCACUUCACAAGAAGAUCAUAUCUUCUGGUUACAGGAUGAUAAGUUUUAAAAAUGAGGAAGUGCUUGCUAAAAAGUUCAGAAUUAGACUAAGCGGAAUAGAUUCACCGGAGAGCAAAAUGCCUUAUGGUAAAGAGGCGCAUGAUGAGCUACUCAAGAUGGUUGAAGGGAAAUGCUUGAAAGUAUUAGUUUAUACAGAGGAUCGCUAUGGAAGAUGUGUAGGAGAUAUAUACUGCAAUGGAAAAUUUGUACAGGAAGUAAUGCUAAAGAAAGGUCUUGCUUGGCAUUAUGUAGCCUAUGACAAGCGUGCAGAGCUUGCAAAGUGGGAAAACGAGGCUAGGCAAAAGAGAAUUGGCUUGUGGGCAUCUUCUAAUCCAGAGAAGCCAUGGGAGUGGAGAAAGAACAAACGUGGAGGCAAUUAAUGAGAUACACCUUCUAUGUUUAGUUUUAUAUACAAAACAGAACAAAGAAAAACAAUAUUAUUUGAUAUGAUUAUUGUGAAGUAAAGAACCUGUGAUUUGUUGUUGUAAUUGUAAGAGAACUCUGUAAAUGUAUUAUGUAUUGAUAAGUAUUUUUUGGCAAUAGACAAUCUCUCUUUGUACCUUGAAA